CGGCGGAAACAUUAUCAGAGAGGAAACAAGAGCAGGUGAUCGGCGAUUGAGAGAGUGAGGGGGAGAUGGGAACUAGACAAGUAUAUGAAGAGAAGCUGAGACGUGCGAAUCUUGAGUAUGAUCCGACCAUGAACCCUGGUCUUGGUUCCGCUCGCUGUCCUCGUUGCCUUUCUCUCUUAACCCCUAAUCAAGAGAAAGGAGAGUGGACCAUAACUCCAGUUCUGCACGAUGCUGCUGCUGUGGCUGGUUCUGGUAUUGGUGGCCUGCUUAGUGCCGUCAAUGCUUUCAACACAGGGAUCCCCUAUCUUCAAAAUCGGUUUCCCGGGUCAAAGCGUCUCUCUUUCCUUGUUGGGGUUCCAUUGCUACUAGGGUAUUCAGGUUUAGGAGCUGCCUUUGGAGGAUAUGCACUUCCCAAGUUUGCUCAGCUGACAGUUACCUCGUAUUAUGCAUCUUCAAGCGCUUCACAUUAUGUGAUCUCUAUGCUCACCCGCCGCAUCGAAGACGCUCAUCUCUCUCGAACUCGGAAAGAAGAGGUCAAAUGAAGCCAUAUGUACAUGAAAAACGUGAUUCUAUUGCGUUGCUCCUGUGUUAGUAGCUUAUUUCAGAAUUUCUCCUUCUAUUUGUUCUGUGUUACCUUGUUCUAUAGCUUAUACCUCGGCCACAUCUAUAACGUUUAUUCGACAUUAUUAUAUAAAAAUAUAAAUGCAUUUUUGUUAUAAA